AUGCCUUCCGCUACAGGGCAGAACUGGGAGAAGUACCAGAAGAAGUUCGCCGAUGAUGAAGUGGAGGAGAAGAAGAUCACACCUCUGAGCGAUGAGGACAUCCAAGUACUCAAGACCUACAACUCAGCACCCUACCAAGAAUCCAUCAAGAACCUCGAAAAAGCCAUCAAAGACAAGCAAACAGCCGUGAACGAGAAGAUCGGUGUCAAGGAGUCAGACACUGGUCUAGCACCGCCACAUCUUUGGGACAUAGCAGCCGACCGACAGCGCAUGAGCGAAGAGCAACCACUACAAGUCGCACGAUGUACGAAGAUCAUCCCAGACGAAAAGGACAGCGAGAAGAGCAAAUACGUCAUCAACGUCAAGCAGAUUGCCAAAUUCGUCGUCAACCUGGGUGAGCGCGUGAGUCCGACGGAUAUCGAGGAGGGCAUGAGGGUGGGUGUGGAUAGGAACAAGUACCAGAUCAUGCUCCCUCUACCGCCAAAGAUUGACCCGAGCGUGACGAUGAUGACGGUGGAGGAUAAGCCUGAUGUUACAUAUGGUGAUGUGGGAGGCUGCAAGGAUCAGAUUGAGAAAUUGCGAGAGGUUGUCGAGAUGCCGCUCUUAUCACCCGAGCGAUUCGUCAGCCUCGGCAUCGAUCCUCCCAAGGGCGCUCUGCUGUACGGACCACCCGGAACUGGCAAGACGCUCUGCGCUCGUGCGGUAGCGAACAGAACAGACGCAACCUUCAUCCGCGUCAUCGGCUCCGAACUCGUUCAGAAAUAUGUCGGCGAAGGCGCACGAAUGGUCCGCGAGCUCUUCGAAAUGGCUCGGACGAAGAAGGCGUGUAUCAUUUUCUUCGACGAGAUCGACGCAGUGGGCGGUGCGCGUUUCGACGACGGAGCGGGAGGAGACAACGAGGUUCAGAGGACUAUGCUGGAACUGAUUACCCAGCUGGAUGGUUUCGACAGCAGAGGCAACAUCAAAGUCAUGUUCGCCACUAACCGCCCCUCGACCCUCGAUCCCGCGCUCAUGCGUCCGGGCCGUAUCGACAGGAAGAUUGAGUUCUCGCUUCCUGAUACUGAAGGCCGCGCUAAUAUCUUGCGCAUCCAUGCGAAGAGUAUGUCUGUGGAGAGGGAUAUUCGAUGGGAAUUGAUUUCAAGAUUAUGUCCUAAUUCUACGGGUGCGGAGUUGAGGGCUGUGGCCACGGAGGCGGGGAUGUUCGCUAUUCGGGCUAGGAAGAAGGUGGCGAGUGAGAAGGAUUUCUUGAGUGCGGUGGAGAAGGUUAUUAGGGGUGGGAUGAAGUUUAAUUCUACGGCGGCUUAUGCGCAGUAUAAUUAG